AUGGCGCCUUCCCGCCGUCCCCUAAGUGCCAGCACCGCCGGCUUCGCCGUCGUCCUGCUUCUCUACGCCAUCUCCGUCUGCUCGCUCCUCCCCGCCGUCUUCGCCCAGUCCGCCACCUUCACCAGCACCGUCGGCGGCACGGACUUCACCACCUUCUCCUUCCCCUCGUUCGACACCACGCUGAUGAAGCUCCCGGGCAACCUGACCUUCUCCAACAACGCCACCGUCAGCUCGCAUGCUCUGCAGAUCACACCGGACACGAUAAAUGACCCGGAUACGUUCCUCGUCAACCGCGCCGGCCGGAUCAUGUUCGCCACGCCGUACGUGCUCUGGGCCUCCAACGCCUCCAACUCCAGCGCCGACGGCCGCCGCGUCGCCUCCUUCUCCACCGUGUUCAAUAUCAACCUCUACCGCGCGAACGCGUCCGUCAAGGGCGAAGGGCUAGCGUUCGUCGUCGCGUCCGGCGGUGGUGCGGAUCCGCCCCCCGGCAGCGUCGGCGAGUACCUCGGCCUCACCAACGUGUCCACCGACGGCAGCGCCACCAACGAGUUCGCGGCUGUGGAGUUUGACAGCGUGAAGCAGCCCUACGACCCCGACGACAACCACGUCGGCCUCGACGUGAACGGCGUGCAGUCCAAGGUCGCCGCCUCCCUCACCCCCUUCGGCAUCCAGCUCGCGCCCGCGCUCACCAACACCAGCACCGACGACGGUACCUACUUCGUGUGGGUCGAGUACAACGGCACGUCGCGGCACGUGUGGGUGUACAUGGCCAAGACCGAGAGCAAGCCGGCCACCCCCGUGCUCAACGCGUCGCUGGACCUCUCUACUGUCCUCCUUAACAAGACGGCUUACUUCGGCUUCUCGGCGUCCACCGGCGUGGCGUACCAGCUCAACUGCGUGCGCAUGUGGAACAUGACGGUCGAGAUUCUCCCCGGCUCCGCCACCCCCGGUAAGAAGGAGGCGCUCUCCGGCUGGAAGCUCGGGCUGACCAUCGGCGUGCCUUCCGCCGUUGCGCUGGCGCUCGGGCUCUUCCUCGGCCUGUACAUCAGGAACAGGCGGAGGAGGAUCGGCGACGACCCCAACUCGUUGUUCCACAACACCAUCGAUUUAACGAGCAUGGCCGGGGUGCCCAAGGAGUUCGACUACAAGGAGCUGAGGAAAGGAACCAACAACUUCGACGAGAAGAUGAAGCUGGGGGAGGGAGGGUACGGCGUGGUGUACCGCGCCACCGUGGUCGGGGAACAUGGCCAGACCGUGGAGGUGGCCGUGAAGCAGUUCUCCGGGGCCAACACCAAGGGGCAGGAGGACUUCCUGGCUGAGCUCAGCAUCAUCAACCUCCUCCGGCACCGCAACCUCGUCAAGCUCCUCGGCUGGUGCCACCAGAACGGCGUGCUGCUGCUGGUGUACGACUUCAUGCCCAACGGCAGCCUGGACAGGCACCUCUUCGGCGGGCCGGAAUCCCCGAUCCUCACCUGGGAGCAGCGCUACAAGAUCGUCGCCGGCGUGGCCUCCGCCCUGAACUACCUCCACCACGAGUACGACCAGCGCGUGAUCCACCGGGACCUCAAGCCGUCGAACAUCAUGCUGGACAAGGACUUCAACGCCCGGCUGGGCGACUUCGGCCUGGCCCGCGCGCUGGAGUCCGACAAGACCUCGUACACGGACUUGAUCGGCGUGCCCGGCACGCUGGGGUACAUCGCGCCGGAGUGCUUCCACACGGGCAGGGCGACGAGGGAGUCGGACGUGUUCGGCCUCGGCGCCGUCAUCCUGGAGAUCGUCUCGGGGCGGCGCGUCUCCUACAGCAACCAGGUCGGGUGCAGCCAGCUGCUGGAGGGCGUGUGGCAGCUCCACGGCGUCGGCGGAGGGCGCGUCCUCGAUGCGGUCGACCGGAGGCUAGCCGACGGCGAGUUCGACGAGGACGAUGCGGAAAGGCUCCUGCUGCUGGGGCUGGCGUGCAGCCACCCGAACCCCGGGGAGCGGCCGAGGGCGAAGGAGAUCGUGCAGAUCCUGACGCGCGCCGCGCCGCCGCCGGAGGUGCCGGCCGCGAAGCCGGCGUUCAUGUGGCCCGUGCAGCCGGUGGCGGCGUUCGCGGGCGAGGACGGGGAGCUGCCGACGUCCGGCGUCAGCACGGCCAUGACCUCCUCGUCGUCGUACUCGUACUACGCCUCGUCGGCGGGGUGGACGACCCAGAACUACCUGCUGAGCAGGGACCACGACCUGACGGAGAGGGACCCGUCCACUGUGUGACCGAUGACCCCGCCGGCGGCGAGGCGGCUGCCGGGACGUGCAGAGUCAGUCAA